CGUUCAUGUUUAUUGCGUUUUUGCAGCUGGCUGGCGGGAUCAGGAUUCGUGUUUUGCAGACCGUCGCGUUCUUCGAAGAGCAUCGACGAUAUGAUCCAUAAGAUUGAAUGCUGCCUCGUUGUUCAGUAACCCAUCAUCUCCGCAGGGCCAUUUUUAGGGGUGAUAGUCAAGCAUCCACGUUGAUCUCCCUUCCUGGACCAAAGACGCGGAUAAGCUCGUGGAGGAGGUUUGUCGAGACAAUCUCAAGAGAAUCCUUCAUCUGUUGUCGUCGUCGUCGUCACCUCAAUCUCAUGGAUUGCCCUCCCCGCGUUUCAGCGCUUAGAAUCAAGUCACAACUUGGAGACUGGAUUAUGCGGCCAUCAAAAACCAAGCCAUCACCACGGAGACCUGGAAGCACUCAUCCAGUAUAGCUCUUCACCGACAGACCACAAUACCCAACAACGAUACAUCCGAACAUUGCGCGGUUUGUGAUAUCUCCGACACAGAUAGAGGAUUGAUAACAAACAACCCGAACUUACCGGACCUUCGUCCGAAUAACUUACUCGUACCUCGCGAGAAAAUCCUUACCGAAACAAUACCAGUUUCCGCCCACCCCCG